CGUACCUUGCACGUCUUCUCGGUAAACGUUGCGCGGUGCAAGCUAGUUAUAGAGAUAAGAUGGCGCCCAACCUAGCACUCACAUCCUGCGAUUGCAAGCCCCUUCGAACCUGAGCUCAGAUCAACGGCCACCAUGAAAAGUACUUCGUUCCGAUAUGUCGAUUCCGUUCUUCAACUCCUCAUUUACACAACAGUCGUCGUUGCUUCGCCUAAUCCCUGGAACUCUUACAUACACAGCCCAGCAUCUCGAUAUGUCAAGCCCGCCUCUGUCCAUUCUCACUCCGGUUCACCUAGUGUGAUAUCAGACGAUGCUAGGCCACGGCACAUCUCACUUGGCGCCGGUGACCAGAUCAGUCUGGAUUUCGGUAUUGAAGUCGGCGGCUGGAUCAGUCUCAACGCCAACAUCAAUAAUAGUACCAAUGCUAGCGCUCCCCAGUUCUCUCUCGCCUUCGCCGAGUCUCCUGCAUUUGCAAAUCGAUCCAUCUCAGACGACACUGGCUCAACGCCCGCACAAAACUGGGACCAGGCAUUGAAUGUCACUCUUUCUCCAGGCUCUGACUUCUACAGGAUCCCGGAGGAGAGGUUCCGUGGAGGGUUUCGGUUCUUGAUGAUUCAUGCAUUCGAAAAAGUGGAAAUAUCGAAUGUGACUUGUGAAAUUGGGUUUGCCCCUCAGACGAAGGACCUACGAAACUACGGCGGACACUUCUACACGCCUGAUGAUGAUAUGCUAGUAAGAGCUUGGUACGCUGGGGCCUACACCGUCCAAACCAACAUCGCCCCACGGAAGACUGGACGUUGGUUGCCACAGGUCCGGCCGGGCUGGGCGUACAACAACUCCAUCGGCGUUGGAGAGUCAAUCCUCGUUGAUGGCGCAAAGAGAGAUAGGGCAGUCUGGCCCGGCGACCUAGGAAUCCAAGGUGUGACGGCUGCUCUUGCCCUUGGCGCCGACGGUCUCACAUCUGUGAAGAACGCGUUGGAAACCCUAUUCUACUACCAAAAUUCCACCACUGGUCGAUUUCCUUUCGCGGGUCCUGCGACUGGCUCGUUUCGCAGCGGGGCGCAGAGUGAUACGUAUCAUGCUUGGAGCUUGAUCGCCAUAUUCAACUACGCUAUUUUCGUUAGCGACGAGGCAUGGCUUAUGCAUCACUGGACAAACAUAACGCGAGGCAUCGACUUCAUUACAGCAGCCCUCGACGACAACGAGUACGGCCUGCACAACCAAACACAACCAAACGAUUGGGCUCGCCAGGGUGGAGGGGGCUACAAUAGCGCCCUCAAUGCUCUCGACUACCACGCUCUGACUUCGUUCGCCAACCUGGCAUCCGCAUUGUCAAAGAACACCAUUAUCCUGUGCCAGGCUACACAAUGGGCCACCGCCUCGAAACGCCUGAAGAAGUCGUACAAUGCCCUUCUCUGGUCUGACGAGCUAUCACUCUACCACGACAAUCAAACAACCACCCUAACCCCACAAGACGGCAACGCCCUCGCUCUCCUCUAUAACCUCACCACCUCAUCUGCCCAAGCCUCCCGUCUCAGCGCCAGUCUCACCAAAUUCUGGACACCCCUCGGCCCCGUAACGCCCGAACUGCCCGACACCAUCUCCCCCCUCAUCUCCUCCGUCGAGGUCCUCGCCCACUUCGCUGCCAAUGAACCCUUGCGCGCGCUCAACCUCACGCGUACAUUAUGGACCUAUCUGCUCGACUCCCCCCUCAUGACGGGCAGCACGUUAGCUGAAGGCAUUUCCGCGAACGGAAGCUUAUACUAUCGCGGCAACGCGGGAUAUAAAAACGACGCCUCCUACACCAGCUUAUCCCACGGCUGGAGUUCCGGGCCAAGCAUCGCGUUGAGUCAACACGUUGCGGGCUUGGAGAUUGUAGCGUGGAGAAGAUGGAGGUUCAGGCCUGCUCCGGCGGGUCUGAAGAGUGUCAAUGCAGGGUUUGAUAGCCCCUUGGGUAGGUUUGCUGUUGCUUGGGAAGUACUUGGAGCUGAGACAGGGUGUUUCGAUUUCGUGGCAAAUGUUACAACGGCGACUGGGACGGAAGGAUCGUUGGAGUUGCCGUGGGUUUGUCGCAGUGUUGUGCUGGACGGACAGCCGCUGGCUGAUACGCAUGUGUAUGGUGGAGGCACGAAGAAAUUGGAGGCAAAAUCAUGUCUGUAG